GUCGACACAGACAGUUUAUCAGUCGAUUUGCAAUAAUUGGAUCGUUCUGUCUCUAUCUGUGAUACAAACUAUUCCCUCUUAAAGAACCUUCAACAAUAGAAUUCUACAUAAUCUUAUCCAAUAUCGUCAUUUAGUGAUAACUUAUCAUAAGUUAUGACGCGAUGAUGUUCACAUGUACAGUGUCGCAAGUUCUCUGCUUUGGACGAGCAUAAUUUUGCAGUAGGCGAGUGUAAUGAGUUCGCGUUAACUUUUACUACAAAGUAACUUAAAUUUACAGUUAUUUACUAGUGAUACUUUUCGUGAUGUCGUUGUUUAAGAAGAAGGCGCCAAAGUAUUCCGCGCCACCGGUACCUCCUCCCCCCGUGGAAGACGUACAGAACCAUCAAUCUAACGGUGUGGACAAUAACAACGGUGCUCAAAAGUCACAAUUAGUAUUCCAUUGUCAGCAGGCUCAGGGAAGCCCCCUUGGACUUAUUUCUGGAUUUUCAAAUGUUAAAGAGCUUUAUCAGAAAAUAGCAGAAUGUUACGACUUUGCUCCGGAAGAUAUUUUAUUCUGCACACUAAACACACACAAAGUGGAUAUGAAGAAAUUACUCGGUGGCCAAAUAGGAUUAGAAGAUUUCAUAUUCGCACAUAGAAAAGGUCGGCCGAAGGAAAUAGAAAUAGUUAAAACUGAAGACGCGCUCGGUUUAACGAUUACUGACAACGGAGCAGGAUAUGCCUUCAUAAAGCGAAUAAAGGAAGGAUCUAUCGUUGCGAGAAUUCCUCAUAUAGAGGUUGGUGAUCACAUUGAACGACUAAAUGAGGAGAACAUGGUCGGUAAAAGACAUUAUGAGGUGGCGAAACUCCUGAAAGAUAUACCUAAGGGUACGACAUUUACUAUAAGGCUUGUGGAACCAUUGAAAAGUGGUUUUGGAAGCAUUGGUCCUAAAAGUGGCAGUGCUAGGUCCGGUAAAAAACAAAAUUAUGGAUCAGGCAAAGAAACGCUAAGAUUUAAAGCAAAUGGCCAAGCGACGAUAGAAAAUGAGCACGACGAGAAAUCACAAGCAGGCAUAGAUAAAAUAAACUCUCUCCUUGAAUCUUUUAUGGGAAUUAAUGACACAGAAUUAGCAACUCAAAUGUGGGAUCUUGCUGAUAAGAAAAUUAAUUCAAUGCAGCUUGCCGAAGCUAUUGACAAUAGUGAUCUACAGGAAUUUGGGUUUACAGAUGAAUUUAUAAUAGAACUAUGGGGCGUCAUCACUGACGUUAGAUCUGGAAGGCUCUAAAAGACUUUAAAAAAAAAGUGUAGGAUUUGAGGAGUUGACUACCAUCAUACUAUUAAAAACUUCAAAGAUUUUGUAUUAGCAAUAAUUAAAUAAGUUAUUUAUAACAAAUAGAUAGUAUUGUAUAUUAUUUACAUUGUUAAGUAGACGAUAUGCUUCUAGUGUUAUUCGUUUAUAUUUUCUGUUACGGUAACUGUUUUGCAGCAACCAAUGUCUAACUGUAACAAUUUCGUUCAGAUCGUUAUUGUUUAUUCUUCUUGAUCAUCACUCAACUACGUCACAUAUUUGGUAAUUUAAUUCACUAAUACUAAACUAUGCUAAUGAACCAAAAUCACCAUCCGCUAUUAAGUUGAUUAUCAUCUAUCCGCGUUAAAUUACUUCACACAAAAUAUUACCUGUCAAGGUAAACUGUAAAAUAUUUUCUAUUUAUAUAUAGAAGUGGAUUGCAUGUUGGACAUAACGUUCAUUUAAUUUUUAAUUUUUAUAAGUCGACCAAAACAUUUUGUAAAUAGACUUCAUUAAAUUUAUAUUGAUAUUUAAAAUAUAUUCUAUAUUUGUUCAAAUGGUUUUUGAUCAAAAAACAAAUACUUAUUGCAUUUUCGAUGCAUUUUUAAAACUACGUUUUACAAUUCUAUGUGCUGUUAUUAAGUAAGUAGUAUUUUUAUAAAGUUACAACCAGAAUGACUAAAACAAAAUGAAAUAAUUGCUUUGUCAGCAAUCUAAACAUAACGUCACUACUCAUUACUAAGUAAAGUACUAAAUGGGUACCAUACUAUAGCAUUGAAGAUCACGGAUCUACUAGUCCUUUGACCCUAAAUCUUAUUCCAAACAACGAACACAAAAACCAUUGUUCAUAAAUGUUUCCUAUUAUGAACUCAGUCUUUGACAUUAUAUAUUAGUUAUAAGUAAACAUAUUAUUCAUUAAAAACUUAAUAUUCUCAUAAUCUGAAAAUUGAUUAUUUUAUACAUUUCAAUACUUUAUUAUUUUAAUUUUAUGUAAGUUUUGCAUCAUUCGAUAUAUACUUAAUUAACAUUUUACAAUUUGAAGUGCCUUAUUGACUACUGUAACUGUGACAAGUUAAUUAUAA